CUCCGCGGCUGAGGGAGGCCCCGUGGGGGCGUGUGCUGCGCUGUGGCCGCCGCUGUGAGGACAGCGCGGGCGAGCUCGGAAGCCACGACAUGGUCUCAGUGAGCUUUGAGGAUGUGGCUGUGCAGUUCACCCAGGACGAGUGGGCUUUGUUGAACCCUUCCCAGAGGAGUCUGUACAGAGAUGUGAUGCUGGAGACCUGCAGGAACCUCGCUGCCGUAGGAAACAGAUGGGAAGAGGAGAGUGCUGAAGACCAUUAUAAAAAUCCCUGGAGAAAUAUGAGAUGUUCCCCGUUAGCGACUCCCUGUGAGAGGACAGCAGAUGGUCAGGUUGAAGACAGUCUGACAUGGAGAGCAAAUCUUCAUACAAGCAUGAUAGUUUUUCCAAGACUAAGACCAUGUGAAUCCAGUGUAUGUGGGAAGGCUUCGAGGAGUCAUCCAUCCUCCGAUCGGUGUGCCACAUCUCUCCCUUGUUAUAAACCACCAUCCUCCGAUCGGUGUGCCACAUCUCUCCCUUGCUAUAAACCACCAUCUUCCGAUCGGCGUGCCACAUCUCUCCCUUGCUAUAAACCACCAUCCUCCGAUCGGCGUGCCACAUCUCUCCCUUGUUAUACACUGCACGCGCAUGAGGAAUGUGGAGCCAAGCAAUACGACUUGAGCUCUCUCAGCAGCUUUCAAAGGUGUGUGGAAGCCCACACUGGCGAUGGGCCUUGUGAAUGUGAGGGACGCUUAAGAUCGUCCUGUUUUCCAAACUCAUUAGGAAUACAUCAAGAGGUUCACAGUGGACAAACACCCUAUCAAUACAAGGAGUGUGGGAAGACCUCUGUUUAUGCACAUGGAGGAAGCCCCACUAUGGGGAAGCUUUAUGAAUGUAAUAUAUGUGGUAAAGCCUUGAGUUCCUCUACUUUGCUUCAAAGACAUGUAAUAAUUCAUACUGAAAGACUCUAUGAAUGCACCUAUUGUGGUAAAGCUUUUAGAUAUCCCAAAUACCUUCGAUUACAUGAAAGAAUUCAUACUGGAGAGAAGCCCUAUGAAUGUAAACAAUGUGGGAAAGCCUUUAGAUUUCCUGGUGCCUUGCCGUUACAUGAAAAAAUACACACUGGAGAGAAGCCCUAUGAAUGUAAACAAUGUGGAAAAGCCUUUAGAUUUCCUGCCUCUUUGCCGUUACAUGAAAAAAUACACACUGGAGAGAAGCCUUAUGAAUGUAAACAAUGUGGGAAAACCUUUAGGCGACAGUAUCAUCUUCAGUUACAUGAAAAAAUUCAUACUGGAGAGAAACCCUAUGAGUGUCAGCAGUGUGGGAAAGCCUUCAGACGACAUAGUCAUCUUCAGAGACAUGAACGGACUCAUGCUGGAGAGAAACCCCAUGAAUGUAAAUAACAUGCUAAAGCCUUUACACUUCUUAGUUCUCUUCUGUUACAUGAAAACAUUCAUACUGGAGAAAAAAAUGCUGUCAGUGUAGCUGUCAAUGUUGGGAAGCCUUGCACUUACGUGAAAUCAAUCUUACUAGAUUCAAACCCUAUGAAGUAGACUGAUGAAGUCUUUAGGUGUGCUUGUCAUCUUCAUUAAAAAAAUUACCCUGGAGAAAGCUGUGUGGGUGUGAACAUUGUGGUGGAGCUCUUAGGUAUUACACUUGACAGUGACAACUCCUGCUGGAAGGACAUUCUCUGAAUGUGAACAGUGUGGCCAAAGGCCACACAUCACAGUACUCUGUUUCCAAAGUAUUUAAAUCCUAACCUGGGGUUUCUACCCCACCUUUACUAUGUAAGUUCCUGGAUGAAAGAGGCACACGACCUUUAUAUUUAUAAGCCUCAGACAACUCGGGAGCUGAGCAGCCACUACUCUCUAUUGUUGGAGUCUACUUUCCUGUCUAGAAGCCCAAGUUAUUGGGCUACAUUCUCCUGACUCCUAAUCCAUGGUGGUUUCUCCUUCCUCCUGCACUCUUCUUUCUCCUCAUGGUCCUUCUCCAACCCUAAGCCCACAAAACUUAAGCCCCACCUAUGUCUCUUUUGCCCAACUAUUAACUGUUAACAUCUUUAUUUACCAAUCAAAAAAAUGUCAUAUCUCUCAGACAACCAAUCUUAAGGGCCCCAAAUUAACAUUAAAAUACAAACAACAUUAGGCCAACCUACUACAGUCUUCUUUAGAUAUGGUAUAACUCAUGUGAGAAAAACUUUAUAAAUAUUAUAUAUAUAUAAAUAUAUAAAAAUGAGAAUAGACUCAUUUGUAUAGUAUAGAUCUCUUCAGUUCUUUCAUACUCAAUAAAACUAAGCAUGUAAACA